AUGGACGUGAUUGAACGAAAGCCCCAGAACUUUGCCAUCCAUACCAGCCCUGCCAAUGACCUGCGUCUGGUAGAGUGCGAGAUCCCCAAACUCGCAGCGGAUGAGUGUCUGGUACAUGUUCGUGCCACUGGCAUCUGUGGCUCCGAUGUGCAUUUCUGGAAACAUGGCCACAUUGGCCCGAUGAUUGUCACCGGCGACAAUGGACUGGGCCAUGAGAGUUCUGGCAUUGUCCUGCAGGUCGGAGAGGCAGUCACUCGUUUCAAGCCUGGCGACCGUGUGGCCAUGGAGUGCGGUGUCCCAUGUUCCAAGCCAACGUGUUACUUCUGUCGCGCUGGCAGAUAUCACGCCUGCCCAGAUGUUGUCUUCUUCUCGACUCCCCCCCAUCACGGAACACUGCGUAGAUACCAUGCCCACCCGGAAGCUUGGUUGCAUCGCAUUCCCGACAACAUCUCCUACGAAGAGGGAUCUCUCUUGGAGCCUCUGUCGGUUGCUUUGGCUGGUAUCGAUCGAUCUGGACUGCGGCUGGCCGAUCCCCUCGUUAUCUGUGGUGCUGGUCCCAUUGGUCUGGUCACUCUAUUGGCCGCCAACGCCGCCGGUGCUGAGCCCAUUGUGAUCACUGAUAUCGACGAGAACCGGCUGGCCAAGGCCAAGGAGCUCGUUCCUCGUGUUCGACCUGUCCUGGUGCAGAAGGAGAGUGCCCAGGAUCUGGGAGGCCGCAUCAUCAAAGAACUCGGACAAGAGGCCAAGCUGGUGCUCGAAUGUACCGGCGUGGAGAGCAGUGUGCACGCUGGCAUCUACGCAACACGAUUUGGAGGAAUGGUGUUUGUGAUUGGCGUUGGAAAAGACUUCCAGAACAUCCCCUUUAUGCACAUGUCGGCCAAGGAGAUCGACCUGCGAUUCCAAUACCGGUAUCACGACAUCUACCCCAAGGCCAUCAGCCUGGUUGGCGCUGGCAUGAUCGACCUGAAGCCGCUGGUUUCUCACAGAUACAAUCUCGAAGACGGAGUCGAGGCGUUCGCCACAGCCAGCAACCCCAGUGCCAGAGCGAUUAAGGUGCAGAUUCUGGAUGAUUAG